CUUUGUUACACGCAUGCGCAGUUGUGAUGUUGUGAUGUUAACUUGAGCAACAUGUCUGCCUCCAUGGUUCGAGCGACCGUCCGAGCGGUCAGCAAAAGGAAGAUAUUUCCCACAAGAGCAGCCCUCACUUUGACACCAGCGGCUGUGAACAAGAUCAGGUUGUUGUUGCAGGACAAGCCCGAAUAUAUGGGUUUAAAGGUUGGCGUGAGAACGCGCGGCUGCAACGGACUGACGUACACGCUGGACUUCACCAAGCAGAAAGACAAGUCUGAUGAGGAAGUGUUCCAGGAUGGUGUGAGGGUGUUCAUAGAGAAGAAAGCCCAACUGAGCCUUCUAGGAACUGAGAUGGACUACGUGGAGUCGAAGCUCUCCAGUGAGUUUGUCUUCAACAAUCCCAACAUCAAGGGCACGUGCGGCUGUGGAGAGAGCUUCAACGUUUGAGAGUGGUGCUCCACCUCUCCAAACACUGUCCCGUCCAAAACAAAGACUUCACAUGGAGUUUCAACUGAAGAACCCCCCCUGCCCCCCAGCCGGCACCCGCAAGUGUCUGACGUGCCUGUCUUUCGACCACUGCAAACUGCACACUUACACGCUUGUUAGAUUUGCAUGUUUGUGCUUGGACUAACAUUUGUAUCCAACUUGUGUCCAUCACAACCCUUACUUCUGACAGGUCUCUUUUUAUUUGGCAUUUCAAAGCUCUGAAGGACCUGGCUGUGUGUUUUUAUUGUCGUGACUGCCUACUGUUUUACCAAUACGCACAUCAUUUUACAUUCAGUUGCGUCACUCCACCAAGGGAACAGGAUGAAGAAUAUAGAAGUAAUAAGUGUGGAAAAGCCUGAGAAACACAGCGUGUCUCCAAACUGAUCUUGAAAAAUACUAAACCUAUUUAUCUCUGUGUGUACAUAUAAAGAGUGUAAAUGAACCAAGAACCAUGAAAGCGCACAAUAAAUCAACGCACAAAAUAUAUUUAAGGCUUUCUGUCAGGCGCCAUGAGUGUAUAGACCUGUGCAAUGUCUGUGUACAUAUUAUGAACUAUUAAAUCUUGCUCACUUGAAA